AAUUUCAUUUACGUCGAGCAAUGCUGGCAAUAAAGUUGGUCAGUCUGGCGCUGCUGGUUUUGGCCAGUCAAAGCAAUGCCCUCAAGUGGAAGAAAGAUGUGCCUGUUCUUGUGAAAACUCUAAAGGAUUUGCAUCGUGGUCCGCCACAGCAGGUUGUGAUGAAUCGUGCCACGGUCGAAGAGAAAUGGAUUACCCAACCACUGGAUCACUUUGAUGAAACCAACACGGGCACCUAUCAAAUGCGCUAUUUGGUCAACGAUGAAUUCCAAACAGAAGGUAGUCCCAUCUUCAUAUUUUUGGGCGGCGAAUGGGAAGCCUCAUCUGGCAUGAUUCUGCAGGGUCACUGGUACGACAUGGCCAAGGAGCACCAAGGUCUGCUGCUCUACACCGAACAUCGUUACUACGGCCAGAGCGUUCCCACCAGCGAUAUGUCCACCGAAAGCCUGCAGUAUCUGCAUGUGAAGCAAGCUCUGGCUGAUGUGGCUCAAUUUAUUACCACCAUCAAGGCGGAGAAUCCUCAGUUGACCAACUCAAAGGUGGUGCUUAGCGGUGGCUCCUAUUCGGCAACCAUGGUUGUGUGGUUCAAGCGUCUCUAUCCCGACUUGGUUGUGGGUGGCUGGGCAUCGAGUGCUCCUCUGCUGGCUAAGGUUGAUUUCAGCGAGUACAAGGAAGUUGUGGGAGAAGCAUUCAAGCAAUUGGGUGGCCAACAGUGCUACGAUCGCAUACAGAAGGGAAUCAAUGAUCUGGAGCAGAUGUUUGUCAACAAUAGUGCUCAGGCACAUGCGAUGCUGCGUCUUUGCAGUGAUUUCGAUCAUAACAACGAUCUCGAUAAGUGGAGUUUGUUUGGCAGCAUUUCCAAUAUUUUCUCCGGCGUCGCGCAAUAUCAAACAACUGGCGACAUUGAGUAUUAUUGUGACUUUCUGCUGAGCUUUGAUGAUGACGCGGCGGCCAUUGCCAACUUUGCCUAUUGGGCCUGGAACUAUCCAAGCUGUAUUGAUGCACGCUAUCAGAGCACUGUAGACUAUUAUCUGUGGGGCAUUGACAACUUUGACGCGUCUCGACCAUGGUAUUAUCAGACCUGCAAUGAGUAUGGCUGGUAUCAGUCAUCAACUUCGAACAAUCAGCCGUUUGGCAAUAACUUCCCUGCCACACUCUACAUUGAACUCUGCAAGGAUGUCUUUAGCUCGAAGUAUGCUAGCUCGCAAAUUGUGAGCAACACUGCCCAGACCAAUGAGGACUUUGGUGGCAUGAACCCCGAAGUGGAGAACAUUUACAUGACUCACGGAGGUCUCGAUCCCUGGAACCCCAUUGGUCAUGGCGUUGCCGAGGGUGCCACGGUCAUUACUGGUGCCUCCCAUUGUGCUGACUUCAGUUCAAUCUCCGCUAUCGACACCCAAGAAAUGCGUGCUUCCAAGGAACGUAUUGCGGAAUUAGUGCGACAAUGGUUAGCCUAAACGUUGUUAACAAUUCUCAGCUAUUUCAGUCAUAAUUCACAGAUAAGCCAAAUAAAGAGUGUAAACUUGUGAAAAUG